AUGGAGGGAUGUAGACCAAUAUUGUUCUUGGAUGGUACACAUCUUUUUGAUAGGUAUAAAGGAACCUUACUUGCCGCAACUGCACUAAAUGGAGAUGGUGGAAUGUUUCCCGUAGCAAUUUGCAUAUGCGUCACGGAAAAUGAGAGUAAUUGGGAAUGGUUUUUAGAAUGCAUUCGAGACAUUCUCUUCAAUGAUGAAGAUCCAUAUACUCCAGAUGAUGAACUGGUGUUAAUCUCUGAUAGGGACAAAGGACUUCAGAAUUCCGUGAAGAAAUGCUUUCCAUGGUCACAUCACUCUUAUUGUAUUCGUCAUCUUUUGGCUAAUUUUAAGAAUAACUUAUCGAAAAAAGGCAUUACACCACCUUUACGAGAUGAAUGUGUGCAAAUUAUGAAGAGGGCCGCUUAUGCAUACACUUCUCAUGCCUAUAACAAUGAAUGCAACGAGCUACGGAACAAAUCAGAGAUCGCCUAUUAUGAAAUGUUAAGGAUGAGUCCAGAAAAUUGGGCUAAUUGUUAUUUUCCUGGGAAGAGAUAUGGAUGGUUGACAUCAAACGUAGCGGAGUCAUUCAAUUCUUGGAUCAAAGAAGCUCGUUAUUUGCCAAUUACCCAAACAAUUGAUAAUAUCCGCAAGAAAAUGAUGAGGAUGAGUUUUGAAAGGCGGGAGGCAUCACAAAAGUGGACCACAAUAUUUGUUCCUACUGUGGAAGAGCACCUUAUUCAUAUCAAUGAGCAAUCACGCUGUCUUUCUGCAAUUCCUUCUACUACCGGAAGGUACAAGGUGUAUGAUAUUCCCACCGUUGAAGUAGAUUUGAAUGAACGCACAUGCACUUGUCGUGAAUGGCAAGUUGUCGGGCUACCUUGCAAACAUGCGGCGACGGCUAUUCGACAGAAUAUGGACACCCUUUACUCCUAUAUUUCCCACUACUUUAGUGCGGAGACAUACCGCAAAUGCUACUCCUUUCCGAUAUACCCAAUUCCUGACGAUGACAAGCCAUAUAUAGAUGAUGAAAAUAUGGUGAUUCGGCCACCAACAACUUCAAUUCUUCGUGGAAGACCAAGGACAAAGCGCAUUCCUUCGGGAUUGAAUCCGGCCAAAGAGUUAAAAUGUAGUAGAUGUCAACAGUAUGGUCACAACCGUAGAACAUGUAGACAGCCUAUUGCAGACUAG